UUUUGAAUAUAAACGUGAGCAGCCUGUCAAAGCUCGACUUUUUCGCUCGCUGUGCGGAUGGGCGCUGCGGGGCCAGGCUGACGGUCAGAUCAGAGAAGUCGCUGGAUACAAACCCGACCCAGGGAGCGAGCGAGCGAGCGAGCAGGUGGAAUUGGCAAAGGAACAGCCAGGGCAGCGGGAGACUUGAGGGUGUCAGCAAAAAACAAAAAAAUCCGCUUACAUCCCCGCCGCUCGGCCGGGCACUCCCAUCGUUGCUAAAUAUUGAAUGAAGCGAGGGUUUCUCGGUCCUUGUUGAAGCAGACCAGGAUGUGAGCUCGGAUCAUCAUCGCCAUGCACAAAGACACCAGGACUUGAUUCAGGAGACAUGUAGCGCGGAGCUGCGAAAUUGCAACAUUCCCCCGAGACAAUUUGUAGCCAACAAGAAACAAGCAGGAGGCAGGGAAUCGGACACUUUCAGCCCGGUAUCUCCUUGUCUGGCUGUGUGUGUGUGUGUGUGUGUGUGUGUGUUUACAGUCAGUUAUAUCCCCCCCCCUCCCCUUCCCCUUCCCCUUGGCGUCCCUGGGAUUCAUCGCUAUUUCUGUGACUGCUGGAUGGAGCCGGGCGGUCGGAGGCAGACCAUCAGGAUGGUGGAGCCGAUGCCCAGUUACAGCGAGGUGCUGGUUAAAAGCUUCACCUGCAUGAACAACGCGAUCGCGGAGUGCAAGGACUGCGGCUUGGAGCUGUCUAAACGGACGCUGCUGGCAAACGCCUCUCUCUCGGCGACCGAGGGGCUCAUGUUCCUGCUCUGCGCUGCCGGGUGGACGCUGCUCCGGAAGGCUGCUUCUCGCCAUCUCUUUCAGCCGUUCGCCCAGUGGUGCGAUCUCCAACCCAGGGAUGCAGCCAAGAUGCCGGAGAGUAUGUGGAAGCUGAUGUUCUACACCGCCUCUUGGUCCUACACCUCCUACCUGCUCUUCUUCACAGACUAUCCUUUCUUCCACGACCCCCCGUCCGUGUUCUACGAGUGGAGACCAACAAAUGAGGUCCCGAAAGACAUGGCGAUUGCUUACCUGGUCCAGUGCAGCUUCUAUGGACAUGCCAUCUAUGCCACCAUCUAUAUGGAUGCCUGGAGAAAGGACUCUGUGGUGAUGUUGGUCCAUCAUGUGAUAACCCUGGCCCUUAUUGCCUUCUCCUAUGCCUUCAGGUACCACAACGUUGGAAUCCUGGUUCUCUUCCUACACGAUGUCAAUGACAUUUUGCUUGAAUUCACAAAACUCAAUGUUUACUUCAAGAACAGAGCUGGGGUCUACCACCGACUGAACGAUGUGGUUUCCAACAUCGGAUGCUGCUCCUUUGCAGUGAGCUGGUUCUGGUUUCGACUUUACUGGUUCCCCCUCAAAGUGCUGUACGCCACCUGUUACUCCAGCCUCCAGUCUGUUCCCAAUAUCCCUUUUUACUUUUUCUUCAACAUUCUGCUGCUUGCUCUCACUCUGAUGAAUAUAUAUUGGUUUCUGUACAUCCUGCUGCUGGUGCUGAAGGUCCUGACCGGCCGAGUGGCGGAGGUGAACGACGCGCGGGAGUACGACGUGGAGGACACCAGCAGGCCCGCGGAGGACAAGGAAUAUGACCACCCCAGGAACUCCGCCAAGGAUGGAUGGCACCAGAGGAACGGGAUCAUCAAGGAUAAAUGGUUAUAAUGCCGUGCCCAGACCAGUGGACAUUAUCAUCAUCACCUCGUUUACAAGGACUUCUGCAUCCGGAUUAGGAAAGGACGUCUGAUCCCCGCCUGUCCAGGAGUUUCUCGAUUGAGAUUGAAAACUGGGAGGGAGGGGUGCAGGUUUGGGAAAGCUCCGCUGAUUUUAAUCUCUGGGUUACCCUUGGCCUGUUUGCAAACAGUACUGUUCUCCCUUGCCUUCAUGCACCUGCAGUAUAACUACACUGAGCCAUUUCUCCAUGCGCUAGGUCUGAGCUCGCAAUGAUUCCCCGACCCAGACUUCCCUCAGUUGAAUCUGUCUGGAGUUUUGUCCUUGGGGAGGGAGGGGAGAGGGGGUUUCACUUAACGUUCCCCCUGCAAAGUCCCAGGGCCACCAAGGGGUCGGGAGGUCUCCCACUGCCUCCUUGCGUCACGCACCUCCUGCCGAGAUUGCUGGCUGAUACGACCCUGGAAAUCCCCCCCCUCCCCCCUCCCCCACCCCACCCUACCCUCCCUCUCCUGAGUAAAGGUUCCCCAUCAGAUUCAGAGCUCUUUGCAAGAGGUUUGCAACAUAAACCUGACAGGGUCUCAGUAGCUGUAUCUCAGUCCUUGCUGGACCUGUGUCCCAUCCAUUGUUACAAACUUCCAGUAAUCCGCGCAAAGCUCCGUGAAAUACUCACACACUCUGUGAGUAACAAGACGGUCCUUGCACAGUGGAACUCCUCUCUCAGCCUCCCCCCCUCCCCACCCCCCCUUCCUCCACCUAGCCCAGUUCCACAGUUGCCCACAUUGUUUCCCACAUUGAGAUCCCACCUCCCCUUGCCAACAAUGGGUUUACCAGGCGCUGCCCUGCCUGAGGUCAAUUGUGGCCGGACCAAGUCAGAUCCUGGGAAUUUUCCCACCUCCACUACUCACCACUGCCCCCCCCCCCCCCCCCCACCAAUCUCAGUCUGAAGAAGGUUCCCGACCCGAAACGCCUCCUAUCCUUUUUCUCCAGAGAUGCUGCCUGACCUGCCGAGUUACUCUCGCACUUUGUGUCUAUCCCUCCUGAUCUAGAUGGCCUCAGCUUGUGGCAGACACCCUUCAUGGGAAAUGGGAGGAGAAUUGAAAAGGGCCAUGGCAUCCACGUGUUAGAGGAAGGGGAAAUUUAUAUCCAAACACUUGCGCUCAGGUCCGCCUAGGCCUGCUGGAUCUCCCGGUUGAUAAAACAUUUUAACACCACAUCCCAUUCCCAUACGGAACCACUUCUAUAGGUCUUUGUGGUGGAGAGUUCCAUAGAGUCGUUCCUGCUGAGAGAAGGAAUCCCCUUUCAUCUCCGACUAAAUGAUGGCCUCUUAAUUUAAGAACUGGAAUGUGACUGAUCACCAGUCAUGGAUCUUGACUUUCUCCACCCCCUCCCUCUUCCCACCACCUUUAUCUCCAAGAUAUCUUGAAGUGGACUCCAGGAGCAAAAACAUCUACCCGAGGUAAAUUUACCGAAAAGGUACAUUAAACGGUAGAAUUUCUGCACAGUUAGAAUCCAGGCCAAGAAGCCCCACUAGAAGCUCCUCAACAGCAUUCAAUAUCUAGGCAGUCACUAGGAGACACGCAUGCACGUUAUUGACAAUAAUACUCAGGAAGGUGAACACAUUCGCUCUGAGGCAACAGUCCAGUUGAUGGUCAUUCCUCUUCUCCACGUCCCUCCAGUUAGUCUCACUUGCCACCAUCUCACCUAGAAUGGGCAUCAACCUCUGGCUGCGAUGACAUGCCACUCAUCGCUCGUGUGCCAACUGUGUUACCUGCUUCUGCAUGCCCCCCCCAUCUGCAACAGUAUGCUAUUAGGGCUUCAAUAAAUUGUUUUAAA